GAGGCAGCAAAGACAGUCAGAUUGAUAAUAACAGCAUACAACUGGGAUCUACGUUAGCAUCGCAAGUGAGAGGUCUCCGCCGGUAUAAAAACUGCUGAAAUUUUCGGAAUUAACAGAAACUGUUUUGUCAAAAUCAGCAACAAAUUCUCAGUUAGAGGGUAGUCGUAUUUUUGUUAAAUAUCGCCAAGAUUAAUUUGGGUAGUCGUCAAAUUUGCCAGCAGCAGACAUCUCAAAGUGCACUCUACCUACCGCGUAGCUCAACAUUAUCGCCAGCUUCGGAUCAGCCGUAUUUGACGAGUGGCCCCGAGGUUGAUUUGUAUCAACCGACACGCAUAUUGCAACGCUAACAGACUAGCACAAAUUCCGUGUUUCACAUAGAAACCAGUUCUGUCAAAUAGCAGACAUGGUGCUGGUUGAUCUCCUCGUGUUUUUGGUUGUUCUCCUUGCUGCUUACAACUUCAUGAACUGGAGAGCAAGGAGGCAUCUCAAGCUACCCCCUGGACCGCCAUCUAUCCCUCUUCUUGGCAAUUUCAAUGUCUUCAUGAGCAACCGGCCAAUCUACAAAGUCCUCAAAGAUCUGGCUGAUAAGUAUGGAAGCAUUUUCUCGCUCAAGCUACCGAUGGGUCGCUUUGUUGUCCUGUCUGAGGUAGAUGUCAUACGGGAGGCCUUUUUGCGUCGUUCUGAAGAUUUCUCGGGUCGACCCUACGUGUAUUCAGUCAGCCUACUGACUCGCAAUAACUGUGGCAUAGCUUUCAGCGACUACAGUCCGUCUUGGCGCAUGCACCGACGCACGGCAGCACUUGCGAUCCGCAGGAGCGUGAAGGGCGACAACUGCAUGCCGUGCUCCGCUAGGAUUGAAGAAGAAGUGGUACAUCUGAAUAAGUUACUGUCUAAGAAAGACGGCAUGUACACUGACAUUAGCGUCGAGUUGAAUCUGACUGUCCUGAAUGUGAUAUGUGACAUGACAUUCAGACAGCGGUAUGAAAUCACGGACACUGACUAUCAACAGAUGCUGGAUAGCAACGAGAAGUUUGCUGCAGUCUUAGAGCCCGGAGAUCCCAUCGACAUCAUCCCUGCGCUCAAGAUCUUCCCAAGCAAGAAACUGCGAAUGGUUCAAGAGAUCAUCCAGGCGCGUGACUCCAUACUGCAGAAGAAAUACGAUGAGCACUUCCGCACGUUUGACCCCAAUAACAUCCGGGACCUGACCGAUGCCUUCAUAGCAACCAUGCUGGAGAGUAACGAGGAAGAAGAUGGCAGAGGCGUGCUGACCGAAGAUCACGUUGUCAUGGCUAUGUGGGAGCUCUUUGUUGGAGGCUACGAAGCCACGUACAAAUCACUGGUGUGGUCAUUAAUCUACGUGUUAAACAACCCAGAGGUGCAACAUAAGAUCCAACAGGAAUUAGCAGACAAGAUAGGAACUCGACUGCCUGUGUGGGAUGACCGUUAUGAGCUACCGUACCUGGAGGCAACAGUGUUGGAGACACUACGUCGUAGUUCCUUCUCCUCAAUGAAUGGCCCAAGACGGACCCGAUGCGAUACCAAAGUGCAGGGAUAUGACAUACCGAAGGACACAACCGUUUUCUGCAAUCUGUGGUGGGUUCAUCAUAAUCCCAAGUAUUGGAAAGAGCCAUUCAGCUUCCGGCCAGAGCGAUUCCUGGACAAAGAUGGAAAGGUUUUCACUCCCACGAGUUUCAUGGCAUUUUCCGUCGGUCGCCGGGUUUGCCUUGGCAAGAAUCUGGCUAUGAUGGAGCUGUUCAUGUUCCUGGGGGGCAUCUUGCAGCGUUUUACACUGAAGACACCCCCUGGAGAGAAACUCCCCAACACGGAGCCCCAGCCAGACAUGAUGAGGUCACCUGACUUCUUCAGAGUUCAAAUUGAUAGCCGUUGAAGAAGCAACGAUGUGUGACUAUGUAUCUGACACCAUAAUUGAUGGUUUGACUGUUGUGUAGAUAUUGUGGAAUUGCGCAGAAUGGUCAUUCAUGCAAGUGAUUAUGAUUCUUGCUGAUUUUAUAUUGUUCCACGUAAUAUUGAACCAGAGAAGCAGAUCUUACACUUAUUUGCGAAACAGAAACAAAGCAAUAUGAACAAACUGUAUUAUACGAUGAGUGUAUUGGGCGAAAGCGGAUAUUGUUGUGUGAAUAGAUUUGAAGAGGUUUAACACGAAUACGGACUAUAACGUUGUGUAUAACCUGAAACACGAUGUUACACGAUGUUACACGAUGUAAACGAAUCACAUUGUGAUCCAGAUUUUGCAAUAUAUGCUCGUAAUAUUUAUCUAACACCCUUUGCUAAAUCAACACUUAUAACUCUUAUUUUAUAACCCGUUCACACACAAGUGUGGACACUUAAAAUGGACAAUAAUGAAUAAUAUACAUUAUUCAAAAUAAAUGUAAUUUCAUGGAUAAUAAAUGUUUAUGGUAUAAGGUUUUUGAUUGACCAAUUUUUUUCCUUCAUUUUUUUGCGCUUAGACUGAAAGUAUUUUUUUGUAAAUAGUAGAUCGCAUUUAUUCAGGUAUAAUAUUUUUUAUAAAGAAUGUAAAUGCAAGCUUGUAAAAUAUUUAUGUGAUUGUAAUAGUUUAUAUUGACGUAGACAUUUUCGGGAGCUGAAAAAGGAUGCUAAAGCAGGCGACAUUUUCUUUCUGCGCAAUAAUCAAACAUGGUUUCCCAUCUUUGAUAAUAUGGAGUGAUUGUAUUUACUCCAUAUUAUCAAAGAAUCGUCAACAUUCUUGGAUUAAGCCCUGAUAUGAAUAUUCUUUUAUAAAAACAACUGCUGAGCGAAAACAAGUCAGGCGCAAGUUGGGACAAGUAAAACCUACUUUCUUCUCAAAAAAAAAACCCACUGAAAAUAAUGUCGAAUCAAAAACAAUUUCCAUCCAAGAAUAAGUCCUUCUGUGGAUAAAAAAAAAAUCUUUAUGGAUUAAGAAAGUCAAAUUUCAUAGGCUGGUACAUUUUAUGCGGAAACUUCACUUAAAUUAAAAAUUGUAACAAAUGAUGUUUUCAAGGGCUUGAUUGAUUGAAUUUCGAAUUUUGAGUGUUAACAUAAUGAAGAUACCGUUUUGAUAAGUAUCACAAUUUACAUGUAAUGUGUUGUCAAACAUCAUGUUUCAGAACUUCACCGGUGUUUUUCGAGGGCUGUUGAUUAAAAGUGUUCAGAGGGCUUGGAUAAUCCGGUAGGUUCGAUUCCAGCCUUGGCCACAGGAAAGGCACUUAUUAACUAUUUACUCGGGGUUCAGCGCCCUUUGAGUAUCUUGAGUGAACAAUUCCUUCGAUGGGAAUAUAAUCUAUUGAUACUUUUACUUAUAACGUUGACAGCAAUAAUAGUUGCCAUGCAUGUAAACUGAUAAUACGAAACUCCUUCAUGUUACAGUAAAUCUUCGAAAGGUCAGUUGCAAAUACCCUUUUCUGUAAAUUUAUAGAUAAAUGGAUUUUUAAAUCUUUUGUAUAUUAUUAUUAAUAAGUGAUGAUAACAGUCAAGAAUAAAUGCAGUGUGAUUAGCUAAA